GUGGUAGUUAGGAUACCCCAGUCCCUACUAAUUUCCUUCGCUCCUUGUUCCCGCUAGUGAGGUCGGAUCUCUCUCUCACUCUCAGACGGUAGAAGAAGACGAAGAGCCGAGUCUUCAUACGUCCAAGUGCGCGAAGACGAAGUCAGCGGCGCUGGAGGAUGUAAGAGCGGACAAGAUGUCUUCAGCUCAAGAUCCAUUUUACAUUGUUAAAGAGGAAAUUCAGGAAUCUAUCGAUAAACUACAGAAUACUUUUCACCUAUGGGAAAAGACCCCUUCAAAUACUGGAGAGCGAGUUCAUCUCCUGAAAGAGCUCACCGCCAGCUGUGAAAGCAUUGAAUGGCAGGUAGAUGAAUUGGAUAAGGCUAUUUCAGUAGCAGCGAAAGAUCCUUCCUGGUAUGGCAUCAACGAAGUCGAGCUUGAUAAAAGGAGGAGAUGGACCAGCACUGCUCGUACACAAGUUGGCACUGUGAAGAAAGCUGUAGACUCUGGAAAGCAGCAGAGUAAUCUUGUUGGCACCAGUCUGAAUGGGACGCGGCAAGAGCUAAUGCGUCUUCCAAAUGAUCGUUCACAUCAGGCAGGUCAAUCCAAUCAGUACAGAGCUCAAGACAAUGAUGAUUUUGUCUCUUCGGAAACGGACAGGCAGAUGCUUCUUAUAAAGCAACAAGAUGAAGAAUUGGAUGAACUAAGUGCAAGUGUGGAGAGAAUCGGAGGUGUUGGGCUUACGAUACACGACGAACUGAUCGGGCAGGAGAGAAUUUUAGAGGAUUUGAGCUUGGAGAUGGACAGCACCACAAAUAGGCUUGAUUUUGUUCAGAAAAAGGUGGCUAUGGUUAUGAAGAAGGUGAGUGCGAAGGGUCAGAUCAUGAUGAUAGCGUUUUUGGUACUACUAUUUAUCGUUCUUUUUGUUUUGGUUUUCUUCACAUAGGCGAGAGUAUUUGUUAAUCCUAUACUGCCCUAACUUGUUGGUUAUAUGAAGAGGGUAAGAUUUACUGUUUCUCCCAAUGGUGCCUGAGGAAUUCUACAAUCCUUGAGCCAUAGAAAUGCACAGUAUACAUGGUUUUUGUUUUGUCUUUUUUGGUUGUUCAAGUGGGGUCAAUGGUCGCCCAAUCCAAACCAUUGGUCUAUUGGAACCCACUGUGGCUUUACCAUGCCUUGAAAUUCUCUGUUGUUGGAGGAUCCUGCCCACCAAUCUUGUAGCCCUUUUCCUAGAUGAUUGUGAUCUGUUGCUUUUUAUCUUCUUGACUGUCUAUUUGAUAGCUGCAAAGUCGAAAGGUUAGGAUUUUCCUAUUGGGAAGAUUUUCAAGACAAUUGUCCAUCCAUGGUGCGCCCCAACAGACCAACAGCCUGGAUCACUGAACCAUGGGUCCAACUUGUACAAACUGCAAACCAAUUUAUAUUGUGUAUGUCCUUUGCUUGGGGAUCUUAUUGUUCCUUCUGGUGCACACAUGCUAGUGUAGCCUAUGAUAUCUAGAUAUAUCAGAAUGGUAAUGUAUUGGUGUCCCAUAUCUAUCCUAUGGCUAUUUGCUUUUCAACAUUGCCAUCUUCAAUAUAUAGCAUUAAAGGUCCCAUGGUACAUUCCAUGCCAUUUCCCUGCUGUAUCCGGGCUUCAUAGAAGAUUGUGUGGUUUUCAGGUCGAAUGAAACAUAAUAAUUUGUAAGGAAUCAUUUGAGUUUACCAAAAUUGAAACCAAAUAAUGAGGUUUUCUGUUU